GCAGUUGACGUGUGCAUGAUGGCGGUCUUGACAUUGGGCUUGCUGGCCCUGGUUCUUGGUGUUGCCUGGGGCGAUGAUGUGACGGUGCACACCUCGGCGGGUCCCGUGGUGGGCACGGAGCACGCGCUGCAUGCUGUCACCGCCUUCCUGGGUGUGCCCUUUGCCCAGCCUCCAAUCGGGGAUCUGCGUUGGCGCGCCCCACAACCCGUGACGCCCUGGACCGCGCCGCGAUCUGCCAAGGCCUUUGCCCCCGAUUGUGCCCAGCGUCCCAAUGGCUUUGCUCCAUCCUCCUCCGAAGAUUGCCUGUAUCUUCAGGUAUGGACACCUGCGGUCCAGCCAGCGGAGCCUUUGCCGGUGAUGAUCUGGUACUACGGUGGUGCUUUUGUGAACGGGUCCACAAGCUAUGCCAUGUAUGAUGGCGCCCGCUUGGCGGCUGAGAAGAACGUGGUGGUUGUGUCCGUCAACUAUCGCGUCGGAGUUUUUGGCUUUUUGGGCCACGAAGUCUUGCGGAGUCGUAAUGCGGAUAGCAGCGUGGGCAAUUACGGUCUACAGGACCAGCUCUUUGGUCUACAAUGGGUUCACGACAACAUCGCUGCCUUUGGUGGUGAUCCGGCUCAGGUGACCAUCUGGGGAGAGUCGGCGGGAGCGGCCAGUGUGGCCCUUCUGCUGCUCCAGCCAUCUGCCAAGGGCGCGUUCUCACGUGCCAUCAUGCAAUCGGGCGGAGCAUCCUUCUGGGCUCGCCACAAGCUGAACAUGGCCAGCCUGGACUUUUUCACUAUGGCUAAAAACAUGGGAUGCACGGGCUCUGCUACGGAGAAGCUUGAUUGCAUGCUGGCGGCCUCCACGGACGAACUUUUGGGAAACACCACAGGCAUCAUCCAAUGGGCCCCGGUCAUUGACGGCGUGUUUCUUCCAGAAGAUCCCAUUGAGAUGGCCCGCAAGGGAGACAUUGCAAGCCAGGUGCCCACCUUGUUGGGGUCCAACAAGGACGAAGGCACGGCAUUUGCCGCAGCAAUUUUCCCCCGUGAAUUGCCCCUCUGGCUCUAUGAGGGUGCUUUGACGGUCUUGUUCAAGCUGCGCAACUUGUUGGAGCUCAAUGUGCUGUACCCCGUGCCACUUUACAAGUCGGUCUGGUGGGCCAUGGCUGAUGUGCUCGGUGACUGGGCUCGUUGGAUGUCUGCCACGAACCAAACAACCUUCCAAUAUUACUUUUCCCGCAACAACACAAACUCGACCGAGUAUCGGGAUCCCGCCAUCCCGGGACCCACGUGCAUUGGCACCUGUCAUGGCAUGGAGAUUCCCUACGUCUUUUUGUUUCAAAAGGAUUUUGGCCUUCUGCGUGAUCGACUCCUGGCGGAGGUGGUUUCCUCGUACUGGACAGAUUUUGUCAAAGGUAAAGAGGACAACCUGUGGUCUCCCUUCACAUCUGAGAAGGGCGAGUAUAUGGAACUCGGAGGUCCCCUGCUGCCGAUGGAAAAGCAUGAGCUCCGCAAGCUGCGCUGCGACUUUUUUGAUCGCAUUGAAGAGCUUCAGGGCAUGCCUACGGAACCUCUGGCUGCGGUGCAAGAGGCAGCACAGCAAGCCAUCUUGGCUGCCGGCGCACUCAGCCCGUCCCAUGCUUAGAGCAUUAAAUCACGGGCCUUCGCUUGCCCUGUUCCUGCCCUUUAUUACUUUGUUGUUGGUCCGUUUGUGGUCAGCUCAUGGCCGUGUGUCUGCCUUUGUUGAGCCUUGCCUACCCAGUCAUGAUAAUCUUGUGUGUUUCCGGGUCACUGGUUGCGAACGAGCUGUGCCUUCGUUUUUUCCCCUCAUUUAGCUUUGCCGUCUCGUCAAUUCAAAGGCUUUUUU